AUGCGCUUAUUUGAUCACUGUAGGAUAUUGACAGCUUUGAGUAGCCUUGCAUGCGUGAUGCCAAACAAAUACUUUGUGUACAUUUGUGUAUUUGCGUGUGUGGCAUGCAUUAUGGAAAAUGAAAGAGUAAAAGGGGAGACAGACUACUUUGCUGCAUAUUGGAGUGAUAUAUAUAUCACUUUGUUUAAGUCAAUUGGACUGCAUUUGCCGUUGAAAUUUUCUACUCAGUGUUGUUCUGAAUGGGCACUGCUGAAUUAGAC